UUAAAGAAAGAUUUAAAUCAAUUUUAUUUUAUGAUUGAUUCUUUUUUGGACUUUUGUAAACAGAACAAUAUCUUUUCAUAACCAAAUUGGUACUUUUUAAUAUAAAAAAUAGAAACUACUUAUAAUUUAAUAGUAGCUGGUUUGUGAUGUUUUCAUUUUUUAUUUGAAUUCAAUUUUUAAUCAAGUACGAUUCAAUUUUUAAUCAAAAGUGCCAAUGAUUUUUUAAUAAAAAUCAAAUUUAUGUUCAUUAAAAAGAUAAAAACUCGUCCUCUUGUUUUUAAAUCAGAUGCUAAGAAAGUACCAAAACUAAAGUAACUCUUUUAAACCAAAUUUGUUUUUUUUUUAAAUACUGGCGGUAAAUCGAUUCGGUAAUAAAAAUUCUGUUAUCAUUUUCCUUUAUUUAAGUUUAUACACAACGCAUAGUACACACCCACAGAGAGACAAAUCAAAGAGAUCGAUCAUUGUGCAGAGAGACAUGGUGUUCCGCGGCGACACGGUGAUGUCUGUAGCCCAUGUAUCGGCGGAGAUAUUUCAGCGUUUACGGUGGAUCCCGCCGUCCGAUCGAAUCAGAAGCGGCGAGAUGUUGCAGCUCGUCUGCUGUUUUCCGCUUCAACAGUUAGGUCGAUUCGUGUUAUGGUUCUGGAAUUAUAUAUGUGUACCACCUCCAGAUAUUCUUUAUUUUGAUGAUGAUCUUGAUAACGAUGAUGUUUAUGGAUCAUCUUCUUCGUCUUCCAUUGCUAAUCAUCAUAACUACUAUCAUCUUCGUUUGGAGUGACCAAAAAAUUUCGUAUUUUCUGAUUUUUUUUACUUGUAAAAUGUUUUCUUUUUUUCCCCUUUUUUGUAUAGAAAAAAAAAUCUUUGUGGUGUUUUCUUUCGUGGGAUUGUUGGAUAAAUUGGAGUAUGUUUCUCAAUCCUUGUUUACAGAAAUGAGGAGUUCUUGAGUAUUUGAUGAAUGCAUAGAGGUUAAGAUUUCAUCAUUUUAGGAGCCAGAUGAGCUUGUUUUGAUGUAUUCUUUUGUAUAAAUCUUUGUUCUUUUGAUGUAGAUCAUCAAUUAACUCUGAGUUUAUUCUAUGUUUAGCUAGUUGAGCACCUUUAGGGUGUUUAAAUCUUUGUCUUUUUAAUCUUGGUUGAUAGAGAUUAGUCAAACAAUUCAAGUUAUUUUGUUUUCCGAUGUAUGGGAAAAUCAGUUUGAUCUAGAAAUGGCUUUCAGAGUAUUUAACCAGCUGA